AUGCCCGAGGGCACCGUCUUCAUCGGGAACAUCCCGUACGACGCGACGGAGACGAGCCUGCGGGACGUGUUCGGCGAGGUCGGGCCGGUGCGCGAGCUCAGGCUCGUCGCCGAUCGCGACACGGGGAAGCUGAAGGGAUACGGGUUCGUGGAAUUCGAUGAUUACGCCACGGCGAUGAGCGCGGUGCGGAACGUGAACGGACGCGAGUACAACGGGAGACAACUGCGCGUUGAUCACGCGGAGACGAUGAAGGGAGAG